ACGUUUUUGUGUCGGUCACCAAGGGCGCGGGUGCUCUUUGACCCGCGCCCCGGGCAGAGGCGGAUCCUGGGGCCCCGCGGGUCCGCCGGCCGCGGGAGAGGGGCGUGCGGAGGCGAUCGCGGCCCGCGGGACGCGGGGAGAAGGGGAGCUCUGCGCCCAGGGAGCGGAUGGGCGCUGAGAAGCCAGAACAAGUCCCCGUCUCUCUCUGUCUCUCUCCUUUUUGUGACUCACGCUUACUGUGCGCGUUCAACAACUUUUACGAGUGACUGCGGGCAUGGGUGUAGCCUUCAGUCUGAGUGUGAGGUUCUGCCCGCGUUCAGAUCCGUGCCCUCUCUUCGUAGACCUAAGCUGACCUCAAGUGGGGCAAUAACGCGCCCGCGGGGCCGAGGCUCCGCGCACAGCCGCGCGCGUUUGUUGCAGCGGGGCCGGGAGCGAGUCCGCUCGCCUUCCCAGCACCCUCUUUUGCGCAGUCCCACCCCGAAGCCCAGUGUCCCCGCCAUCUGUCUCUCCCUAGGUCCCCCUGGUGCAGUCCGAGGCGUUCCUCGUCGACCUUCUGGAUAAAGUGUGCGAGCGGAUGAACGACUACCAGCUGGACGAGGACCCUGUGACGAAGGAGAAGUAUUUCCGGAGAUACGCCCCGAGGAAAGGAGACAAGAUAUACAGAGAAUAUAAGAGGUUCUAUUACUACUCUGACGCCUACAAACCUCUGAAAUUCGCGUGCGAGAAUAUAAUAGAAGAGUAUGAAGAGGAAAUAUUCUCACUUAUCGCGCAGGAGGCACACCACUUCGCUGACAAGCUGUGCAGUGGAAAAUCAGAUCUGUGUGGAGCCUCAGCUAAUCACACUGAAUUCUAGAAGUGGUGUUCAACUCCUUUUAGAGAGAAAACAAAGUCGCAGCUCCAAA